GGGGGGAGUAGGCUACGCAGAGCAACGAGAUAAUCCCCACUCGGAUUUUUCUAUUUUUUUCUUCUUCUAUUUUUCUGUUUCUAUCCGACAUAGGACUAUCGUUAUAUAUAUAUAUAUAUAUUUUUUUUAUCGAAAUGGCUUUGACCCAAGAAUCGAUUUUGUCUUUUUUGCUGGAGCAGGGAGGCAAAGCGAAGAACGCGGAGCUGGUGAACAAUUUCAGGAGUGAGAUCAGCUGCAGUGAUCCCGCGGAAAAGCAGCACAAUAGAGACCUUUUCAAGAAGUUGGUGAACAGCGUCGCUGUGGUGAAACAGAUCGAAGGGGUGAAGUUUGUGGUGGUGAAGAAAAGGUAUCAGGACUUUGUAAAGGAGGUAGCGCACGAUGCGUCGCAGAUGGACGAUAGUUUCACGAGCCAGAAUACGAGCUUUUCGCACAUUAGCCCUACACAUCGAGCAGAGUCGGCCAGAAUAAUUUAUUCGGACAUUGAGAACAAUAAUAUGUGCUUUCCUGCACACUCAAAUGGCAACAAUUACAGAGACGCCAAGCAUACAUGUGCGGAAACAACCACCGUAAAAGUCCUGAAUAUCUCUGGAGAUCAGGGGAGCAAAGCGAGGACUUCUGGAGCUGUGUUUGCUGUCAUAGCGGUUAAAUCCCCACAGAGAGACCCUGUCCCAGAGGCUCGGGAUGGAUUAUACCCCCAAGUGCGUCAGUCUAACACGUUGGUGAGCAAAGUUUUCAAACCAUCGGUGCAAAAUCUGAAAUUUAGAGCUCGCGAGAAGGGUGCUCAAAGUGACCCCCUGUGUUUGAAAAACAGACAGGCAGAGGACACGCAGCCCCAAGUUUUUCCUCAUGUGAGGUCCGAAAACAAGACCACUAGGCAGGGUGAUGAUGUUAAGUAUUCUGAGUGUGUGCCUCUUGAGCCACUUGCACACGAGUGGUUGGUAAAGUGUGCUACAGGGCUGUGGGGACAGAUCCAUGGUCUGCUGCUGCAGGACACACGGUUAGCACAGAAGAAAGACUUCAUUUCAGGGUUCACAGCUCUUCACUGGGCUGCAAAGGACGGCAACAGCGAGAUGAUACACAAGCUCUUGAAUAUCUCAAGGAAAAAGGGCACUUAUGUGAACAUCAACAGCAAAACACACGGAGGGUACACACCUCUACAUGUUGCGGCCAUACACGGCCACACUGAAGUGAUGGUUCUGCUUGUGCAAAGUUAUGGAGCCAAUGUAAAUGAAAGAGAUAAUGAUGGUAAGAAGGCCCUUCACUACCUGGGCAGAGGGGUGUCAGCUGAGGUCAGAGCACUUUUAGGAGGAGGGCAGCAGAGCAAGUAUAAGGAGAAGACGGAGGAUGAAGACUACAGAGGGCAGCCGAAGAGCUUUAACACUAUUAGUAAACUAUUCCAGCCUCACAUGGGGAAGAAACAAAAGACAAUUCCUAAGUAUGCUCAGGACUGGUGAGGAUGACACAGACCACAAAAGAAGUGUUGAGAUUAAAACUAUAAUAUAGGAGAUUACAAUAUUUGAGUUUAUAUAUAUAGACCAUAACAAAUGACAGAUGUGUAGUUUCUCAGUAUUGCAGGCAGGGUGAAUUAGCCUGUGGGACAAUUUUUGCAUUUUAGACUUCUGGGAUGAAGCUAUAUAUUAAAUCCACACCCAGU